AGUGUUCCGUUCAGUUCUAUCGUGUGCUGCAGUCCAUAACUAUAUCUGCGCGUGUCGUGGUCGCAGUGCUGCGGACGGAUCAUCAUCGGCGCCUCGACGACGACGGCUCGCCGACGUGCCAGAAAAAGGUUGGGAAUUCGUUCAGCCGAAAGCUCUCCCGCACAAAAACACUCGACAAAAGAAGAAGGCACGCGUAUCACCGAUAACGCGUACGUUUUACAGAAAUAAAAAAAAAAAAAAAUUAACAUCGAAGAGCCGCAAGAUGUGAACGCGUUCGCGUGCCGUGCAACGCGCGAUCGAUCGAUCAUAUUCGUAUUUACGACGCAUACACAAACACACGCGCGCACGCACGCACGUUGCAAAUAACUCGCGGCUCGUCGCGUUUUUCCAUAUCAUCAUCGCGCGUCGCAGCACUCCGAUACUCGAAGCUCUCUUGAAACAUCCUCAAGGUCGUUCGUCGUCGUAGUAGUCGUCAAAAUAGAUAUAUAGAUCAGUGCGCCGUGCAGUCGAGCGUGUGUGCAAUUAAUAGUCGAGUCGUCGAUUAUAAAAGCUGCAGCCAGCAGCAGCCUUUUGUGUGCGCGCGUGCAAGUCUGGGCUCAUCGUCGUCGUUGUAUAUAAAACACUGCACCACCAACAUCACCACCACCACCAUCGGAAGCAGUAGCAGUAGUAGCAGUAGCAGUAGCAGACACGCUUGGAUCUUUUAUUAUUAGGCUUGAAUACUCAAGCUCGCUCGCAACGCACAUCGAGAGUCAUAUACACACUCGCAACGUGACUACCUUUUUUUUCUUCAUUUCUGCGUUGUUUCGACGUUGUUGUUGUUGCUGCUGCUGUUGUUUACAUCUCGAUAUACACCUCGAUGUACACGCAUCACAGGUGUUCUUGAACUAUGGCUCUUGCAAGUUUUCCUUUCUAAAGAUGAACAAGAUUGAGAAGGGAAAGAAGAUAACUCACUUGUUGCAAGGAAACAAGAAUGAAUGGGCAUGUGGACAGCAGCCUAGGAAACAGCAUCAAAAUACCUGCAGCUGUGAGCGGCUCGAACAAGACACAUUUGAUACCUGUAGCAGUGAUGAAGCCAAACAGCGGUGUCAAACAAGAAGAGACACAAGCAGUUGUGACACCAUCCUCAAAAGAUGAGAGUAUUACAAAUUCUCAAAGAGUAUGGACGAGCCUUGCAGCUGGAGCUAUUGCUGGUGGGGCAGCGAAAACAACUAUUGCCCCACUCGACAGGACAAAGAUCAAUUUUCAAAUAUCACAACAACCAUUCUCAGCAAAAGCUGCUAUCAACUUUCUAGUCUGUACAUAUAAAAAUGAUGGUUUGCUUAGCUUAUGGAGAGGGAACAGUGCUACAAUGGUAAGGAUCAUUCCGUAUGCAGCAAUUCAGUUCACAGCUCAUGAACAGUGGAAAAGGAUUCUCAAUGUUGAUACACCUAACUCGAGCAAAGAGAAAAGGUUUCUCGCUGGUUCACUUGCUGGGGUUACUUCACAAGCUAUGACUUAUCCAUUAGAUUUAGCAAGAGCUCAAAUGGCUGUUACUCAAAAAGAUGAAUUCAGUACUCUGCGUCAAGUUUUUGUCACAAUUUAUCGUAAAGAAGGAAUAGCAGCAUUUUAUCAUGGUUUCACUCCAACAAUACUAGGAGUUAUUCCUUAUGCAGGUUGCAGUUUCUUUUUCUAUGAUAUGUUUAAAAAUUUGUUUGCUGUUUAUGCUGUUAAUAGUCCCGGAUUAUUGGCUGUAUCAGGUCUUUUAUCUGGGGCUGUCGCAGGAAUGGUUGGACAAGCUAGCAGCUACCCAUUAGAUAUGGUUCGUAGAAGGAUGCAAACUUCUUCACUCAGAAAUCAACAAAAUCUUGGGGUCAUUGCAAUGACAAAAAAAAUAUAUGGAGAAGAAGGUGUCAUGUCUUUUUAUAAAGGCUUAAGUAUGAAUUGGGUGAAAGGUCCUAUUGCAGUAGGAAUCAGUUUUGCCACAUAUGACUUGGUAAAAGAUUUUUUGAGAAAAAUUGCCUGUUAAUAAAAUGGCUUAUUUGAUUGACAGAGAA